AUGGAGAAAAUCAAAGCAAAUCCCCACAUCCCGUUGGCAGCUAUACGGCAGUGCGUUGAUGAGGAGUUCGGACUCAAAGUUGGUAGGAUGAAGGCGUACCGCGCAAGAGACAGUGCAUUAGAAGGUAUUUUUGGCAAGGCAGGACUACAGUAUCGGAGACUAUUCGACUACAAAGCUGAAUUGGAACGGACACACGCUGACUCUAGUGUGCAUAUACACUACGAGAACUUCAGGGAUCCUGAAGUUGUGGGUCCGAGAUUCUUGAGAUUUUAUAGUUGUCUCGGGCCGUUGAAAAAAGGUUGGAUAUGUUUUUGCCAUCCGAUUAUAUUCUUUGAUGCCUGUUUCUUACGAGGUAUGUACAGAGGCCAACUUAUGACGGCCAUGGGAAUUGAUCCAAACAACGAUUGGUGGCCUAUUGCGUGGACGGUGAUGGAGGCUGAGAGCUACGAAAAGUGGAAAUGGUUCCUCGGCUAUCUGGCAGAUGACCUCCACAUACAGAAGAAUGCCCCAAGAUUUGUCUUCAUGUCUGACCAGCAAAAGGGUCUUGCAAAAGCCAUCCUCGAGGAUUUCCCACAGAGCGAGCAUCGCUUAUGUGUGCAGCACAUAUACAACAACUUCAAGAAGAGAUUCAUCGGGGAGAAUUUUAAGGAGAUGUUGUGGGAGCUUGCGUCGAGUACAACCCCCGAACAGUAUGUGGAGAGAAUGGAUGCAGUGCGGAUUAUAUAUCCCCAAGCACAUCAAUACCUACUCGGUGUUGCUCCUAAAGAAAAAUGGGUGAAGGCUUAUUUCUCGCCGCAUGUUUGUUGUGAUGUUAUCCUCAACAAUAUAUGCGAGACCUUUAAUUCGAAGAUAACAAUUCCUCGCGAGUUGGCCAUUGUCACCAUGUUGGAGGAGAUCCGGACAAGUCAAAUGGAGACGAUACAGAUUAGAGGCCAAUGGAUCAAGAUAUACGAUCACACACUGCCGCCCGUUAUCAAAGAGAUCGUGGAUAAGUAUUUGAUGAGGGCUUCUUCUUGGAGAUCAACAUGGAACGGAGAGGAUUCGUACCAAGUGUCGGGACCGUCAGGCCAGUAUGUAGUGAACAUGCAUGACUUUACUUGCUCUUGGAGAUUAUGGCAGCUGACUGGGAUCUCAUGCACUCAUGCCAUCGCUACAAUCAACAAGAAUGGGAAGGAUGUAGCAGACUAUGUAUCCCGCUAUUAUUUGCGGUCCACAAUGACGCUCCUGUACGAGAAUGCCCUCUACCCAAUCAAUGGGAUGGAUAAUUGGCCGAAGACUUCUGACGUUGGAUUUGAACUGGAACCCCCGAGGACACAGCGACAACGUGGACGGCCAAAGAAACUGAGGCGUGAAGAACCCCAGGUUCAUCACCAUGCGAAUGGAUCAGAGUCUCUGCGACGAACCUUUGAACUCAGGUGUCGUCGGUGCGGACAAGAUGGGCAUAACCGAAGAACAUGCACUAAUGAUCCCCGCAUAGAUGCCCGAACCGAAAUUGGACAGAGUUCACAGCCCAGUGAGACCAGUGCGCCACCCACAACGGACGGCAGUGACAGGCCUGCGGCGUCCAACGUGUUUUAA